CAUGCGCACUAGUUGCGGGGAUGGGGGGAGCCCACCCCAGCCGCCGCCGCCCCCGCUGAAGCUCUAUGGUCUCUCCCUAGAGCUUUGCCUUUCGGGACAGCUGCUUAAGUCCUGUGGCUCCGCCCGCCCCGCGCGGCAGCGACAUGGAGGAGUUCGACUCUGAAGACUUCUCUACCUCAGAGGAGGACGAAGACUACGUGCCGUCGGGUGGAGAGUAUAGUGAAGAUGAUGUAAAUGAAUUAGUGAAGGAAGAUGAAGUGGAUGGUGAAGAGCAGACACAGAAAACCAAAGGGAAAAAAAGAAAGGCUCAGAGCAUUCCGGCCAGGAAGAGAAAACAAGGUGGCCUCUCAUUAGAAGACGAAGAAGAGGAGGAUGCCUACGAGGAGUCCGAGGGAAGUAGCAGUGAGGAGGGAGAUGCAGCUGCAGAGCAGGAAGAAGGCCUGGGGUCGGAGGCUGCAAGGAGGAAGAAGGAGGACGAGCUGUGGGCCAGCUUCCUCAAUGAUGUGGGACCAAAACCUAAAGGGCCCCCAAGUACACAAGUUAACAGAGCAGAGAAUACUGAAGAGACAAGUUCAAGUAAAUCGUUGGUUAGAGCCGAAGAGCUUGAGAAACCAAAAGAAGCUGAAAAAGUUAAAAUCACUAAGGUGUUUGAUUUUGCUGGUGAAGAAGUCAGGGUGACUAAGGAAGUGGAUGCUACAUCUAAAGAAGCCAAAUCUUUCUUCAAGCAAAAUGAGAAGGAGAAGCCACCAGCUCCUGUCGCUGCUGCGCUGCCAUCACUCCCUGCCGGGUCUGGAAACCCCUGUUUCUGUGCCUUGUCUGUGCUCAGUGUGUUUGACCAGUUGGCACCCAGGAGCCUUUCAUGGGUGCAACAUUCUUUCUGCCUGAGCAGGUUAAAAAGAUCAAGUGGCAUGAGCAGCCUUUUGGGGAAAAUUGGAGCCAAGAAGCAGAAGAUGAGCACCCUGGAAAAGUCCAAAUUGGACUGGGAGAGCUUCAAGGAGGAAGAGGGCAUUGGCGAGGAACUAGCCAUCCAUAAUCGAGGGAAGGAGGGAUACAUUGAACGGAAGGCUUUUCUAGACCGAGUGGACCACAGGCAGUUUGAAAUCGAGCGAGAUCUCCGGCUGAGCAAAAUGAAACCCUGAUGUUAAUGCGGGAAACCAAUAGCAGCUUAAUCCCGUUUACAAUGUGCAGGUGUGUCUGUGUGUGCCCACGUGUGUCAUCCUGCAGUGAGACUUUUAAAAGCAGCUUCGAAGCCGGCUGUCGUGUGUAUCUCACCGUCCGACGCUGGAUCAUCUGACUGCCCCCAGCGGGAGCGGAGCCUGGAGCCUGUUGUGGAAGACGGGGGGUGGAAUUAGGUGAUCAGUGAUAAGUCAGCCAAACAGUGGUACCCAGAACACUCAAUUCUUCAUAAUAAACCAACAGGCAUUUC